AUGUCCGAUACUGGCUCAGUACACGAUCGAAUUUUGAUUGCGCUUCAUCAUUCGGGAUGGAAUGAGCUGUUGCUUUUUAUAGCGAAUUCUGAAGAUGAAAAGGGCUUUGCAUUCCAUAUUUUAGAGAUAAUUUCGCUUAUGUUUAGGGAACAGAUCGCUGGCGCCGGCGUGAACAUGAAAAGAAUAGAGUUGUGUUGUUCGAGCUCAAUACUCGGUAUGCUCACAAAUGAUCAAUUAUGCAUUUAUAGUUUUAACCGCUUUGGUGGAACCUAUGAAUUAACUAACACAAAAUCGAUAUCUGAACGGCCGCUUAUUUAUCAUCAUGACGUUACAAAGAAUUUAAUGUCAAAAGUCGCUUCACCUGGCUCGGAUAUUUCUAGCUAUAACGCCACUGAUAUAGUGGAUCUAAAUAUUAAUAAACGCCAAUUUAGAAGGCCACGAAAUCGAAAACCUCUGAUAGAUACUGAAGUUUACCAUAAUUCUCUCGUAACUGUCCAGCUUUUUCUUCAGCAAUUCUGUUGGCGCUUUUUGCAGCAUUGUUACAACCCUCUCAUGCAUAGUGUGCAUUCUGUCCUCGUUCGUCAGGCAGCUCAGACAAACGAUGAAACCUACUUCCUUUGGGCUAUGAGAUUUUUCAUGGCAUUUUGCAGACUCUUUAGAUUUAACCCAGAGUAUAUCAGGUGA